GCGGGACACCCUGUAAGAAUUUUCUUGCAUAGCUAAUUUGUGUAUCUGUCAGAAAAAACAGUCACGUGGAAUAUUUGUAGUAGCAUCACUCAAAUGAAUGAAUGAAUGAUCGUAUGCUAAAAUGUCGAAUUAUCGGUAAAUAAAUAUAUCCGGAGACGGUUUCCUCGAACAUGGCAUAUCAUUCGAGAGAUAUCUGUGAAUUAGCAACUAUAAGUGAAAUGGAGAAAUGAAUAAGCUCAAAUGGAGCGAUUAUAAUUUUCUUCUCGAUAAUAAUCCACUGACUGGAAUGUGACAUGUGUACAUGCUCAUGCGAGACAUAACCUGAAACACUAAACGUCACAGUUCAUUAACUAUUGAAAUUAUUGGUUUAAAAAAACGAACAGUAACAUAUGAGGUCGUAAAAUGAAUAAGAAGGUGGUCAUUGCGUUUUAUUUGCUGCUAAACGUAAUCUUCUCAAUCGUAAUUGUACUGUUGAACAAAUGGCUCUAUAUUCACACCCUCUUUCCGAACAUCACACUGUCCAUGAUACACUUUGUUAUGACGUUUAUCGGCUUGAUAAUUUGCGAAAAGUUAAAUGUUUUUUGCGUCAAGGAUAUUGACAUCAAGGAGAUGGUGUUAAUCGCCAUGACAUUUUGCGGAUUCGUCGUUCUGACGAACCUGAGCUUAGCACACAAUACGGUCGGAACCUAUCAGGUAGCGAAAAUGUUAACGACACCCUGCGUGAUAGUGAUGCAAAUGAUAUUUUAUAAAAAGCAUUUUAGUACACUUGUCAAAUUAACGUUGAUACCGAUUACAUUAGGAGUAGUGAUCAAUUUUUAUUACGAUCUACAAUUCAACGUCGUCGGAACUGUUUAUGCGACACUUGGAGUGCUUGUAACAUCCUUGUAUCAAGUGAUGAUAAACAGAAAACAGAGAGAAUUUCAGAUGGAUCCAAUGCAAUUGUUAUUUUAUCAAGCACCAUUAUCCACUGUUAUGCUUUUGAUACUUAUUCCAAUCUUCGAACCAGUUGGGCAAACAUUCACACAUAAUUGGUCACUAUUGGAUAUAAUUAUGGUGAUCUUAUCAGGUGUUGUUGCAUUUUUUGUGAAUUUGACUUCCUACUGGAUCAUAGGAAAGACCUCACCUUUAACAUAUAAUAUGGUUGGACAUUCCAAAUUCUGCCUCCUUUUGUUGGGAGGUUCAUUACUUUUCCAUGAAACAUUGGAGAUAAAUCAAGUUAUUGGUAUAACUUUAACAUUAGUGGGAAUUAUAUUAUACGCUCAUGUCAAAAUGAAAGACCAGACAGUAGUGUCAGAAUUUAAAAUCAGAGAAACGAAACCUUUGCACAAAGUAUGAUUCUAUUUGAAGAAAGAUAAUUGACCGAAGAAACAAAAAACCUGGAAUUGAAAGAAAUUUAUCAUUGUACUUAAUAACAUAUAAAUUUUGUAAAUUUAAAGCCUAUAUUACAAUAAAAUUUAUUUAUUACUCCCGAA